GUAAAUGCCAAAUUAAUGGGGAAAAGAAAGGAGGGCAAAAACAGAGGCAUCUCGAAAGCACUCGCAAAUUCUAGACUCGCAAACAGAGGCGGAAUUCUGCAAAUCAGUGGAGAGAGAAGCAAGGAGCAGGAGGAGAAGAAUGACAAGUGGCACCGCGUGGAGAGGAGCAGCGGGAAGUUCCUCCGUCGCUUCAGGCUGCCGGAGAAUGCCAAACUGGAGCAGGUGAAGGCGGCUAUGGAGAAUGGGGUGCUGACUGUCACAGUGCCUAAAGAGGAAGUGAAGAAGCCAGAAAUGAAGGCCAUUGAUAUCUCUGGUUAAUUUGCAUUUUGUGAAAAACUUUGUUUAAUGUAAAACUAUGAUCAAGGAGUUACGUAAAUAAAUAACGCGCAAAUAAGCUAUGAUCCGAUCUUCCUAAUUAUAUAUUCUGAUUGUGUUUUAAUUCAGUAGUAAUAGCUAAAAUCCAUCCAUAUAAAAGUAAUAGGCAGUAUAUGUUAUAUUUA